AUGGACAUAAAUAGGGGUCUUGGUAGAACUGAUUGUACGAAAUGGUUGUUUGGUUAUGGUAAUGGCUCUGUGUGCAACUAUCCUAGCAACAUAUGUCAGUCUGAAGACGAUUAUUGGAAUUGGACUUCUGAAUAUAAAAGCUUUUUGAAGCAAUACGCAUCAGCACAAAUGGACGCUUAUGAAGCCGGGAUUGGUUGGGCCAUCUGGAAUUUCAAAACUGAAAGUUCUGCACAUUGGAACUUUAUGCUUGGAGUUGAACAAG